AUGGGGAAUUUUUGGCAUGAGGUCAAAGGAGAUGAUUCAAUUGGAGCUUACCGACCGCCCAGCGCUCAACCAUCCGUGUCGAUUCGGGCCAACCGACUGUGGCUUGAGGACCCCGAUGUGCCGCGUGAUGCGUAUGACCCGCACAGCAUGUUCAGCAAGUACGGCGCACCGGACGACGGCUCCAAAACCACUUGCCAUACAAGCGCUGCAGGGUCAUCGAAGCGCGAAGGCGUGCUGGGCCCCGCCUCUAUGUGGGGCGGCGGCGGCACUGCCAUACGCGGCAACUUCAGCGGCAGUGUCCCCUGGGUUACUGCGGGGUGGCGGAGUGGGCAAAGCAGCAAUCGAACUGAGCCAGCUGCAGCGACAGCGGGGCCAGAGCGUGGCUCGUUGGUCUCCCGGACCCAGAGCUGGACUGGCUCUGGCUCCGGAACCAGGCAGCAGAGACAGCCCGGGGCGCUGUGGGCGCUGCGGGCCUGUGGCGCCAUGCGAACCGGAGCCGCCGCGACGGCUGCAGCCCCUCAGACCCCAGGGCAGACGGGCCCGAGGGCCUGUAAGCGAACGCCAAGUAGCCACGCUGCCACCUGGGGGGAUGACCCGUGGGACGGCGCGGUCGGCCGGUCCGUGUCCUGCGGCCCGCUGUGCUCCCGGGCUGGGGCACCGCCGGCAGUCCUGCUACUGCUGGUGCUACUGCCGGUCGAGGCGGCAACGUGGGAGGGAGGGGCGGACCUCUGCAGCCUCAACGGCGGCGGCGCCGCAACCGAUAUCCUCGGCCGUACGAGCAUGGGCGGCACCGUCGGGGGCCCGCUGGCGCGGCCGCCGUCCUUUGGCCGCGGGACACUGCCGCCGCCGGGGCCGCUGAAACUCGGCAACGGAAGCGAAGUGAUGGAGUUAGAGGCGUCAGAAUGGCCUGGCGGCGGCGCCGCCGCCGCCGCAGGCCGUACCAUUGUCACCAAAACGGUUGUGACUCGAACCCAUUCCGGCCGCAUCCGUACUGAAGUAACCACCACUACGUCGGGACCAGCACACCUCAUAAACGGGUACGGCAGCGGCGGCAGCGGCGGCGUGGGUUCUGUGGACGAGCCGCCGACGCCGUUGUCUCCGGGCGUACGACUGGCCCAGGGAUCUGGUCUGCGCGCCGCACGUAGCGGCGGCAGCGCGCAAACAUCCCCUACUGCAGCGGCCGCCGCUGCCGCCGCCAACGGUGCGCUGUCAUCGCCCCGACGUCCCAGCAUUGCGGACGGUGUAAGCGCGCCUGGCGGCGGCGGCGGCGGCGGUGCGGCGCCGCCGUCGCCGAUACUGACUCGGCGGCCAAGCCAGACGGGUUUGCUGCCACUACGGCCAGUCAGCGCCGGACGUACGGCACCACUGGCGGCGUCGCUGCCGGGACCGUUGCAGUCUUCCCAAGGAAACGCCGUACAGGCGGCCUUGCGGAAUACCUGGGGGGGAGCCGGUGGCGGUGGCAGCGGCGGUGGAAUCGCGGGCUCUGCCGCUGCCGCGCCGGCGGCUGGGAGCGCCGUCGCCGCCGCCAGGAUGUCCUCUCCAGCUCGUACACCCGUCAGCGCUAGGAAUGCUGCCGCUGCCGGCGGCGGCAGCGGCUCUCCUGGCGGCGGGCCGGCAGCAGGCCGACUUCGCAUGUCCCCUGCUUUUGCCGCUGCACAUGGACUCGGCGGCGGUGGCGGCGGCGGUGGAUCGUCUUCCAGUGGACAAAUCGACAUGUAUAACUCAGCUGGCGGCGGCGGCAUAGGGCAACGCCCGGCGUCGGGUCGAUACGGCAGCGCCGCUGCCGCCGGAUCGCUGUCGCCGCCGUCGCCGGCGUCGCCUGAGUAUCGCAGUCUCGGGUCCGCGAGCACUCGGCUGCAAUCCUUGCCUGGCGGCACCGCCGGCGGCGGCGGCGGGCUCGAGUCAUCGGCGCUCCUACGCGCCAGCGGUGACACGACACCGUUACGAACGCCUCAACCGCCACCAUCUCCAAAGGCAGUGGCAGCCGCCAAGAUGAUGGGGGUACGACGUAACGCCGGACAGUGUGCCGUCUCACUGGCAUUUCUACGGCGAUUCCGAACUCGUCUGCUGCGGGAACGGAAGGACGCGGCCUCGUUAUGUACCAGCCAGGUCGUUCAGGAGGUCAUCAAACCCAUGACUGCUUCUUCGGCGUGUCGUCUGACGGAUUUGAACCUGAACGAGCUGGUUUCGGAGGCCGAUGUCGGACCUCCCGACUACUUUAUCAGCCAUGCUUGGUCGAUGCCAUUUUUGCAACUUCUGGAUUGCUUCUUUAACCACCUACAGGGUGCCCUGGACUCGACGCGCGUGUGGUUGGACAUAUUCGCGGUCAACCAGCACCCGGGGGCAGAGCAAAAAGACGACUUGGAGAACCUCCGUACGGCAAUUGCACUGAGUCAGGCCACGUUGGUGUGUUUGGACGCGCGGGGUACCCCCCUGGAGCGAGUGUGGUGUCUGUACGAAUUUGACAACACCCUGGCACUCAAGGGCGCCGAUGCGCUGGUUUUGCUCACUCCGGGUUUUAGUAUCCGGGAGAUUGCCUCCAUCUUCAGUACUUGCGUGUUGACGUACCUUUCAAUGGCCUUCAACGCCAAGCUAAAGCUCCGGUUCCUGCUGGAGCCCCUGGACGCCAAACCGGACAUGAUGGCCCUGGCGGCGCGGGCAGGUACGGAUGCAAGUCAGUGGAACCUGGCUCCGGUGGCGGAGUGGCUGGCGGCACCCCACGGGCCCCAGGUGGCGGUGGUGACGGCGGCGCCGGGAACAGGCAAGUCCACCAUCACGGCCGUGUUGUGUAUGGGCCCGGAGGCGGCGGCGGAGGUGGCGGCGGCGGCGGCGGCGGGAUCCAAACCCGAGCGGCCCUCCACCGCCAGUCCCACCGCCGCCGCCGCGGCGGAGCGCCGUCGGUCUAGCAUGAUGGGUCACCGGGUCAGUACGACAGGCGGUGGCGGCUCCGGGGUGACGGUGCAUGCCUUCCACUUUUGCAAGUACAGCGAUGCGCGGCGGCAGGACCCAGUGCGCGUGGUCAAGACCCUGGCCUACCAGCUGGCACAGUCCCUUCCCGAGCUGGGCCGCUACUACUGCGGGCUGGACCCGGGCACCCUCAUGCAGCUGAACCAACCGGAUACGGCGUGUAGGGAGCUGCUGGUGAUGCCACUGCAGCAGACGGUGGCGGCGAGGGGGCAGCAGAUUCUGAUGGUCCUCGACGCUUUGGACGAAGCCGACAAGGCCCCCCAGCCCACCCACUGCACUGGCGCGAGUACCUCCUCCUCCUCCCCCUCCUCCUCCACCCCGUCUGCUCUGGACAACAAGGUGCUCCAAUUGCUCCUCCACCAGCUGUCGCUGCUGCCGAGCUGCGUCCGCAUCCUGACCACCAUCCGCCCCGACCCGCACCUGCUGGGCCCCAUCCGAACGAGGUUCCCAGACCUGUUGGAGCUGACGCCGGGGGAGCUGAGGAAGCAGGACAAGACGCAUGCGGUUAUGCAGCACCCUACAACCUCGGAGUGGCACUAGGGAAGAAAAAGGGUUCUUCCCUGCACGACGUGACCGCCUCCAUUCCCCGUCCUUCUCCUCUCCCUCUCCCGUCUCGGGGUUCCCUCUCACCUAUUCCCUUGUCC